CUCCCUCACUUGCUCGCCCGGCGCCCCUGCGCCCCGACUCGUCCUCGACCCCACUCCCCGGCGGGGUGGCGGCGGCCGGGCCCCCGUGGCGGCGGCUGGAGCAGCAGCGGCAGCAAGAGCCUGCCUCUAUGAUGAAGUUCAAGCCUAACCAGACGCGGACCUAUGACCGCGAGGGCUUCAAGAAGCGGGCGGCGUGCCUGUGCUUCCGGAGCGAGCAGGAGGACGAGGUGCUGUUGGUGAGUAGCAGUCGGUAUCCAGACCAGUGGAUUGUCCCAGGAGGAGGAAUGGAGCCUGAGGAGGAGCCCGGCGGUGCUGCUGUGAGGGAAGUCUAUGAGGAGGCUGGAGUCAGAGGAAAAUUAGGCAGACUUCUGGGCAUAUUUGAGCAGAAUCAAGACCGAAAGCACAGAACAUAUGUUUAUGUUCUUACAGUCACUGAAAUACUAGAAGAUUGGGAAGAUUCUGUUAAUAUAGGAAGGAAGAGAGAGUGGUUCAAGGUGGAAGAUGCCAUCAAAGUCCUCCAGUGUCAUAAGCCUGUGCAUGCCGAGUAUCUGGAAAAACUCAAGCUGGGUUGUUCCCCAACCAAUGGCAAUUCCACAGUCCCCUCCCUUCCAGAGAGUAAUGCCUUGUUUGUAACCGCCGCACAGACCUCCGGGCUGCCCUCUAGUGUAAGAUAGAGAGAACUGGGAUGGCCUCUCCCACCAGGGCACUCUUCAUGAGGAGAGAGGCUUCAUUAUCUUCCUUGGUAAACGUCUGAAUGACACUUGCAAACUGUCUGAAUUUGCCAUGCAGGGUUUUCAAACAAUUUGCAUGUUUUUCAGAUGCUUUCAAAAGAAUUUUUUUUAAAUAGUGUAAAAUAUUUUAAUAAGCCAAAGCCAUGCGGAUUUUUUUUUUAGAUGCCUUAACUGUGCCCCCCUCCCCCCAUGUUCUUUUGGUUCUUUUUCACAGCAUUUUUUUCCUUUUUUUUUUUUUUUUUUAAUCUAUCUGGCAUCAGUCUGUAGUUUGCUUAGUCAGAUCAAAUUACUUAUGGGCAUAUUUUCCCCCUAAAUUAUUUUUUCAUUCACAGCAUUAAUGUAUUCAAUAACCCCUUCUGUGGUGGGAAUGAAUGGAAAAUACUUUUGGAGUUAAAGAAAUCCAUCCACCCUGAAACUUGUUUGAUAGGAUCACAAUUUUAAUUCAUGAAUUGCAGAUUUGGACUGACUUCUGCAUGGUCCAAUAACUAUUUUGACGAGACUUAAUUUCCCAUUUUUCAAAAUCUGUCAACUCAUUUGUCUGAAUUUGCACAACUGAUAUUAUGUCACUAGUUACUUGAUAUGGCUGUUUCCCCCAUAACUCAAUAAUAAACUACAGCAAGUAUUUAACUCUCUACAGCAAGUAUAUAACUCUCUAGAGUUAGUGAUUGAUAGGGGAAUAUUGUUAGCAAAAUGCAUGUAGUAAAUACAUGUUACCAUGAAAGCUGUAUUCAUGGAAUUUGAUUUAGCAUGCUCAAUUGCCAAUUCCCUUUCUCUUUGCACAGAGUACCUUAGGAACUGUAUUUCCCUCAAUGUAAAUUGCUCUUAAAACCCGUUUCCAGUUUUCUAAUGCAGUAACACCAUCUUAGUUACACUUCUGUGUUUACCAGCCUACCACAGGAUGGAGUCCAACCUUCCAUGCCGAUGAUGGCUGCCUCACAGCCCAGUAAGCUGGCCUUCUUGUGAUCAGCUGUUACAGGCUGUCAGGGCACCUUAGAAUGUCUCAUCUUUUGUAGGUCGUUAAUAGGUACUAUGUCACAUAACUAACUUUGGGGGCACUGGAACAUACCUGAACUCAGAAUUAUUUCAUCUUACACUGCUCUUUAUACUCAAAAUCAAGAAUCCCAUCUAAAACACAUAGGUACUUGUCUGAAACUGCUGCACUCCCCAUACAAGGCCGAAGUGAGGUCGGAGGAGAAACCUUUUAACAAAGGUGUGUGCUAGAGAUAGUGAAAGAUCAUUUUUUAUGUAAACUUCAGCCUUUUGUAAAUAGUGACUAGUGAGUAUAAGGUAGAAAAUAGAGUUAAAAUAUCUACUCUAUCAAUUGCUGCUAUAAAUAAGAGUGCUGUUACACUUAAGGAAAAUUGGUGCCAUUUUGAAAAUGAGAUCUUGUGCCAUAAAUGCAGCUGAACUAAAUAUAAACAGUAGUUCACAAAUUAAUGCUGUCAAAGAAAUGAGUAGAAAAACUUUUUAACCAGUGACAUUUCAUUCUAAAUUAUGCAGUAUGAUCAAAUGUGAUCAGCCAGAAUUUUUAUACUUUUCUUUGUACAGAGGUUGUGUAUUCUGGGUGUUUUUUUAAAAGGAAACAUUUGAAAAUCCCACAAAUUGACACUUUCUAUCAGUCUUCAAUGACUAAGAUUUUUUUCCUUAGUAAUCUCUGAAAUUUCUUUAAAUUAUAUGUCUAACACAGCAGAGAAACUGGAUUGUUUUUGUAUAUAAGACUACUUCCACCUGAAAUGCUGUCACAAGUACCUGGGGGGGGGAGGGGGGGUGUUUAUCUUGUACAUGAUAUUCUUACAGGUAAUGAUGCAUGAACUUAUUUUAUAAACUCUCGGACUAUGUAUUUGACAUGUAAAAUAUGUACAGUAUUAAUGUCAACCAUCUCUUAAAAGUUAUCCUAUAAAUAUUGUUGUAUAAUUUUCUUUGGUCAGAAACAUUUGGACUGCGUAGUGCCAUUUGGGUCAGGAUUUUCUUCAGUGCCAUUUAACCAUCCACCUGUCUUUAGUCUAUGCAGCUAGCAAAAAAUUGUAUGAUGCAACAGAGUACAGAUUUUACAUGAGGUGUUCUUCACCAUUCUUCUGGAGCCUAGCCUAACAAAAUUAAAGGCCCCAAGGAGAGAUUAUUUCGAGUGAGAAAAACCAACAUUUCUAGGCCUAAACAGUUAAAUCUACUACAGAUAACAGAGUCUACUAUCCCAGCC